GGAGGCGGCGGCAGCGUGGAGCUGCUUCCAGCCGGCGGGCCGGGCCGAGCCCCGGGCGCUGCAGCGGCGUGGGGAUCCUGCUUGCGCCAGGCCGGCUGCCCCAUGCCUGGAGGAGGCUGCUGAGCCCCGGGCCAUGGUCCCCUCUCGAAGGUCGUGGAACCUGGGAGCCACGCCCUCACUGCGGGGCCUGUGGAGAGUGGCCCGGGCCCGGGCCCGGGAGCGUGAGCUGGGGAUGGCUCGCCCCGCCCCAGCCCCAGCCAGCCCGGCUGCCCGCCCUUUCCCACACACCGGCCUGGGGAGGUUGAGAACUGGGCGUGGAAGGGACACACUGGUUGGCAGGGACGAGGAUUCCAGUGCCCGAGUUGCUGCUCGCCCUGGACUUGCACAGUGCCGAGCCCGCAGCGUGGAGUGGGCGGACUCUGGGAGCCCCCGAAAGCUCUACCUGACUGUACAGCAGGCCCUGCAGGACAAGGGCUGCAAGAGCAAGAGUCAGGGGACGAAAGAAGACAAUCUCCUGAAGAGGCAGGCGCUGGUCCCCAAGCGGGACAGAGAGGCCCCGGCAGCUGGUGGUGCCAUGAAUGUAGAGAAAUCAGGUGGGCGGCUCUUUGGCAGCGGGAAGUGCUCGAGCCUGUCGGGGUUGCCAAGGGCAGCCCCUGUGGUGCAUAGGAUGGUGGAGGCCAUGUCCCAACUUCAGAAGGAGAAAGCUCAGCUUCAGGAGGAGCUGGUGGUCCUACGGGAGAGGUUGACUCUCCACGACAGUGAACAACAAGCUACCACCACCCAGCUGCAGAACCAGGUGGAAAACCUCAAGGAGAAGCUCAUCAGCCAGAGCCAGGAAGUGAGCCGACUGCAGUCAGAGCUGGGAGGCACCGACUUGGAGAAGCACCGGGACCUGCUGAUGGUGGAGAACGAGCGACUGAGGCAGGAACUGCAGUGCUGUGAGGCAGAGCUACAGGCACUGCGGGCCCAGCCGGCAGCCACACCCUGCCAGGGCUGCGAGCACGUCCAGGAGAGCACCCAGCUCCGAGACAAAGUGUCCCAGCUGCAGAUGGAGGUGUUGGAGAACAAAGGAAUGCUGUCAGAGCUGAACCUGGAGGUGCAGCAGAAGACAGACCGGCUGGCCGAGGUGGAGCUGCGGCUCAAGGACUGCUUGGCUGAGAAGGCACAGGAAGAAGAGCGGCUCAGCCGGCGCCUGCGCAACAGCCACGAGACCAUUGCCAGCCUGCAGGCCCAGUCUCCGCCUGUCAAGUACGUCAUCAAGACAGUGGAGGUGGACUCGUCCAAGACCAAGCAAGCCCUCAAUGAGUCCCAGGCCCGGAACCAGCACCUGCAGGAGCAGGUGGCCAUGCAGCGGCAGGUGCUGAAGGAGAUGGAACAGCAGCUUGAGAGCUCAAAUCAGCUGACCACGCAGCUCCGGUCACAGAUCUCCAUGUAUGAGACAGAGCUAGAGCGGGCCCACGGGAAGAUGCUGGAGGAGAUGCAGUCCAUGGAGGAGGACAAGAACCGGGCCAUCGAGGAGGCCUUUGCCAGAGCACAGGUGGAGAUGAAGGCCGUGCAUGAGAACCUGGCAGGGGUCCGGACAAACCUGUUAACGCUACAGCCGGCACUGCGGACCCUCACCAAUGACUACAAUGGGCUCAAGAGGCAGGUGCGCAGCUUUCCCCUGCUGCUGCAGGAGGCCCUCCAGAGCGUCAAGGCUGAGAUUGGCCAGGCCAUUGAGGAAGUCAACACCAACAACCAGGAGCUGCUGCGCAAGUACCGCCGGGAGCUGCAGCUGCGCAAGAAGUGCCACAACGAACUCGUGCGGCUGAAAGGAAAUAUCCGAGUGAUUGCUCGAGUUCGGCCCAUCACCAAAGAGGAUGGGGAAGGGCCCAAGGCGGCCAGUGUUGUGACCUUCGAUCCCGAUGAUGACGCUGUCAUUCACCUGCUACACAAGGGCAAGCCUGUGUCCUUUGAACUGGACAAGGUCUUCUCCCCGGGAGCCUCACAACAGGAUGUGUUCCAGGAAGUGCAGGCCCUGAUCACCUCCUGCAUCGACGGCUUCAAUGUCUGCAUCUUUGCCUACGGCCAGACGGGUGCUGGCAAGACAUACACAAUGGAGGGGACUCGCGAGAACCCAGGCAUUAACCAGCGGGCCUUGCAGCUGCUCUUCUCCGAGGUGCAGGAGAAGGCGGCUGACUGGGAGUACACUAUCACCGUCAGCGUAACCGAGAUCUACAAUGAGGUCCUCAGGGACCUGCUGGGGACAGAGCCUCAGGAGAAGCUGGAGAUCCGGCUGUGCCCAGAUGGCAGUGGGCAGCUGUAUGUGCCAGGGCUGACUGAGUUCCAGGUGCAGAGUGUGGAGGACAUCAACAAGGUGUUUGAGUUUGGCCACAACAACCGCACCACGGAGUUCACCAACAUGAAUGAACACAGCUCCCGCUCCCACGCCCUGCUCAUCGUGACGGUGCGGGGCCGGGACUGCAGCACAGGCCUCUGCACUAUAGGGAAGCUGAACCUCGUGGACUUGGCCGGCUCAGAGCGUGUGGGCAAGUCGGGGGCUGAGGGCAGCCGCCUGCGGGAGGCACAGCACAUCAACAAGUCAUUGUCAGCCCUGGGGGACGUCAUUGCUGCUCUGCGCUCUCGCCAGGGCCACGUGCCCUUCCGCAACUCCAAACUCACCUACCUGCUGCAGGACUCGCUGAAUGGCGACAGCAAGACGCUCAUGGUGGUGCAGGUGUCCCCUGUGGAGAAGAACUCCAGCGAAACACUGUGCUCCCUCAGGUUUGCUGAGAGGGUGCGCUCUGUGGAGCUCGGCCCUGGAGCCCGCCAUACAGAGCUCAGGUCCUGGUCGAGCCAGGAGCAUCUGGAGUUGGAGCCAGCUUGCCAGACACCACAGCCAUCAGCACGAGCACACUCGGCCCCUGCCUCUGGGACCUCCAGCCGUCCUGGCUCUAUCCGGAGGAAGCUACAAUCCUCAGGGAAGUUGAAGCCAGUGCCUGUGUAAGGACAAGGAUGUGCCAACCUGCUGGGCCUGGAGCUGGCCCUGAGGCCUUGUGGGUCUGCUCCUGCUCCAGCAUCAGGGAUGGAAGCAGAGACCCUUCUGCUCUGAUGCAGAGAUGAGAAACUCCUUCAGAAGGAAGCACUGUCACUCAGUAGAUGGCAUGGGCUGGAAGGACAGGGACUACCUGCUCUGCCUGGCAGGCUCUGGGCAUGGGAGCCGGCCCUCAUGGGGAUGGCAGGCCUUUUGCUGGACUGGCCCAGCUCCUUUCCCGAGCCUGAGGCAGGCAACCCCCUCCUAGUGCAUGCCCUAUGGGGCCUCCAGGGAGCACAGGAGCGCCUGGUACAGGCUUGAGCAAGUGUGCCCUGAGCCCGCAGUCCUGCAGAGGGGCAUCGCACAGGGGCGUGUACAUAGUGUUCCUAGGUGUACAGAGAAGCCCGGCCAUCUGCCAGGGCUGGGCCGUAUUUAUGACUGGCAGGAGAGGCCAGUGGGCAAGCUUCCGCCCUCUCAGCAGCCUGGUACCAGGCAUCCUCCUUGCCCACUGGCUUCCUUUUGCCUCCUUCCCUCUGAAAUCCUAUUUAAGAACUUUUGGAAGCUUAGCCAUUUUUAUUAAAAUAAAAACCUUUUUACAUAAGUA